AGAGGAAAAAGAGAAGACAAAGAACAAAAGAAAGCUUUGCACGUGAAUGAUGUGGAAACCACCAUAUGGCUUUCCGCCAUACUACAAAAAGUCUCGUCAAGUUGAAAUGUUAUUACACGUAACAUGAAAAUGAAAAAUAACUUCUUCUCUUUUCCCCGUUGUUGGAAACUAUUGUGAUUGAUUGACUGUUUUCCAUGAAACAAAUCUUACAGAGAGAGAAGAUAUGAUGUGAUGUGUAUAUUGUUGAUUUUUAUAUAGUGGCGUGAAUUAGAAUUUCAAAAAGUUAGCUAGUAAACAUUUUUGUAAUUUAAAUCGUUUGUUAGGGAAAAUGUCCUAUAACGUCGGAGUUAUUAACAGUUUCUGCAAUUGUCAGAGUCAUGGGAGAUAAGAAGAUGAAACAAUGGAAUGAUGAAUAAUGCGAUGAUUAACUGAUUAAUGAUUAUAGGAAGAGUUUACUGUUGAGCAGUAAUUUUACAAAUGAGUCUGUUUCUUUUUAAUAAAACGACACAACGAAACAUCGCCUUCGUUCGUCGGUUUAAAUAAAGCUUUUUUUUUGUUAUUUGCAAACAGUUAUUUUCUGUUAUUUUUCUUUCUAUCUUCUUCUGUUCUGAAUUAUUAUUUUGUUUGAUGGAGCCUCUUAACGUUGAACGCGAUCUUCAGUCACUGAGAAGAUUAUACAGUCUUCUUCUUCUCCAAUCAAAUGCAAACAAGGAAUAUGUACCCCAAACAUUUUUGUUAGAUGAGAAUUCACAGUUUCUACUAAAACGGUUGCUCGAUUCUGCGACCGCGGAACUAUUGGCUAGACAACAUAAGGUACUUGCACAAGCACAGUUAGGUUUGCCAGAUAAAGUUUCUACACCGAGUACUAAAACAAACUCAGUCUCAAGGGGUAUCGUCAAGUUGCCUAGUAAGGCUGCUUUAACACCUGAAGUCGUUGAUUCAAUCGAAAGAAUCGAAACACAGCUUUCUGCUUUUCAGUUUUGUUCUAGUCGUGGCGAUAGAACAAGGUCUUGCAAGUCUCCUGGUGGAGUAACUCCCACGGAAGAAGAAGGUUACUCAUCUUCUGUAAUGACUUUUCAAAGGUUAAACGAAAAAGCGUUGAUGGAACCAAGACAAAGCUAUUUAAGGAGUAGGCAAAUGAGGCAUACUACAAGAACAUCAAGCGUAGCUCCUAGCCUUAGAAGUGUGACUAAUAAUGCAACAGUUCGAAGCCGUUAUGAUCCAGAUUUGGCUCUUCAGUCACACUCUUCUCAUGAUGAUCAGAUUGGUCUUGCCACGUCAAGACCGCCUCGUCCUCUGAGGUCUGUUGGUUUCGAGAAGCCUAGCAGAACGUCACAGAAGAUGGCUAGUAUGAAACCAACUUUGUUAUUGGAUCAAGGAAUCGACACUGGAACAAGCUUAGAAAGCGAACAACAAGUUUAUUCAACAGAGCAAGAAUCAGAUGAAGCCUAUGGUGGGGAAACAGUGUCAACCUCUGGCUCAAGCUGGGAAACACAUGCUGAGAGCGUCACCGAGUCAGACUCAUCAUAUCCAUCAGAGAGUGAAGAUGAUGAUGAGAACCCUCAAGUCAGUGAUUCUCCUCCACAUAACAGAUCAAGGGGUCUUGCAAAACAGAGGAAAAACGGGGCAGGGCGGCUUAAAAGAUUCAAGGACAAGCUAGGUAAAGUGUUUCACCAUCACCACUACCACCACCAUGAGCAUCACAACAAGAAAGAAGAGCAAGGCCGCAAGCCAUCAGCUUGGAAGCAUUUAGUGAAGAAACAUCUCCACAAAGACAAAGAGAAAUUGACUGAAAGGCGGAUGAAGUCAGAAUCCAAAGGUCUAACUACACAUAACAACAAAGGUGGACAGUUUCAUGCGCUGGUGAAAGGAUUCAUGAGACAUCAUAGAAGACACUCAAAGAACAAAAAGCAGAAGUUGAAAACCCCUAAGCGUCAAGGUGGUGUCAAGUUUCCCAAAAGAGAGAGGGUUAAGUCAGAAAAAACAAAUUAUUUAUGUAAUAAGGAUCAAGAACAUGAUGGAAACUAGUCUUAUAAAGGUAUACAAGAACCAAAAAAAACAACCUUAAACGUUGCAAAUUUCAUGUUUGCCCUUUUUUUGUGACACAAACUCAAGCAUAGUAUUACUUUUGGCUUAACUGCGGAGUUCUGAUGGGAUCCGGUGCAUUAGUGUUGGUAUGAUCGCUUUGAAACCCAUUUAAGAGAUAAAUCACUUAGCUUAGAUGUAGUAGCCUCACAGCACAUCUUACACUUCAUAUCAAGCCAACUGUUUCCAUACGUACAUCUAUCGCAAAGCCAGUAAGGACCA